UGAUCGGCGAGGGGAGCGGCGGAUUGGAGCGGCUCUGCUGGCGGCAUUAUGGAGGCCGCGCUGUUCAUCUUCUCCCUCACUGAUUGCUGCGCCUUGAUUUUUCUGUCGGUUUACUUUAUAAUCACACUGUCUGAUUUAGAAUGCGACUACAUCAACGCUCGCUCGUGCUGCUCCAAGCUCAACAAGUGGGUGCGCCCGGAGAUUAUCGGCCAUACUCUGGUCGCCGUGUUGAUGCUGAUUUUUUUGCAUUGGUUCAUCUUCCUCUUAAACUUACCUGUAGCCACAUGGAAUAUAUAUCGGUUUAUCAUGGUGCCGAGCGGAAAUCUCGGGGUCUUUGAUCCAACUGAGAUCCACAACCGAGGGCAGCUCAAGUCGCACAUGAAGGAAGCUAUGAUCAAGCUUGGCUUUCAUCUACUAUGCUUCUUUAUCUACUUGUACAGCAUGAUAUUGGCCUUAAUUAACGACUGAAACGCGCAGCAAGAUAAAGCCCUGAGACGUCUAGCUGCAUCCACGUACAGCAGAGCCGCAACAUCAACCAAGACCUUAAAUCCCUUACUGCCAGAUUUUUUCUUUUCCUAUUUGAAAGAAAUAUUUUUGCUGUAUUUUUAUUUAACAUAAACCUGUAAAAAGAAAAAAAAAAUCAUUCACCUU